AUGAUUACUGUUAGGUAUACUAGAAAUUUAUUUUUGAGAGCUUUAUGUGUUGUUUACUUGUCGGCGUUUUUAUCUUUUUACAUUCAAAUACCAGGUCUAUAUGGAGACAAUGGAGUCCUUCCGGCCAAAUCAGUUCUGGAAAAUAGCAAGCACAAAACUCUCUCUGCAAAAGUCCACUAUCAACCAACACUUCUUUGGUUGGCCCCUUAUUUAGGACUGGAUACUAACUACGCCCUCGAUGUGCUUUCAUUGCUGGGAGCCUUUUUGGCAUUUACAGGGUUGAUAUCACAAAAAUUCUGUACAAUCCCAUUGUUUGCUGGAUUGUGGUCUUUAUAUUUCUCACUGUUCCAAAUAGGACAGACAUUUGUGACUAAUAAUUAUGAUGAGCUGCUGUUAGAAACAGGUUUCCUAGCAAUAUUUGUUGCCCCCCUCUUGCCAGGUAGAAAAAAGGGUUCCAAAGGAUCACCCACAGAUAUGGUCACUUUUUGGCUGGUCAGAUGGCUCUUGUUCAGAUUUUUAUUGACCACAAACCUAACAAAGUUCAUUGGGGGCGACCCACAUUGGUGGAAUCUGAAAGCUUUGAGUCGUUAUUUUGAGACAAUGCCGCUUCCUACACCCUUGACUUGGUAUGCCUUCCACUUGCCAGAAUGGGUCUUGAAAUUGGCAAUGGUGUAUUCUAAUGUUUGUGAAACAGCCUUACCGUUUUUAUUUUUCGUUCCCAUUAGAAGUGUUCGUAUUACUGGAUUUUUCCUCCAACUGUUUUUGCAACUGACUAUCCUUCUGACUGGCAAUUUCGGUUUUUCCAACAUUCUAUUGAUAACUUUGCAAUUGUCAUUGUUGGACGAUCAAUUUUUCUACAAGAGAAAGAACAUGAGCAGAUGGUCUAUCGUCGGCAAAGUUGCCAAUGUGUUGCUUCACGGGGCUUUGAUUUAUGGAACGAUUCAGAUUUUCUCCUUGAAAAUCAACGGAUCACAAAUCGAUUCCAAUAUAGCUAUUACCAAAACCGAGUUUGAGACUUCUUUAGGCCAAGGAUUGAGGUAUACUGUAUACUUUGGUUUGAUAUCGUUGGCUAGUACGUUGCUCUAUGCCUUUUCCAAUGUUUUGUAUGAAAAUAAUAAUGGAGUUGGCAGUAAAUUUGUUGCCGUUUUGUCAACCACUUUCUAUGCUGGAAUCGCUGUUCUGAUAUUCUUCUCCAGCACUGUGCCGUUGGCAUCCCUGCACCCCUCCAGCAACUCCACCAUCCAUCCCACCGUUCGUUCCGCCUACAACAGGCUGCACAAGUUGCGCGCCGUCAAUCAGUACGGGCAGAUGUUCGUGAAACUGCCCUCGGGCGCGGGCAGAUCGGAGAUCGUCUUCGAGGGAGCCAAUAACGCCGACGGGCCUUGGAGCGAGUACAGCUUCUUGUACAAGCCGGGGAACGUCAACUUGUCUCUACCUUUCGUCGCCCCUCAUUCGCCGCAACUGGACUGGCAGAUGUCGUGGGCAGCCCGCUCCUCGUACGACCAGCACCCGUGGAUGCUGUCGUUCGCGCACCGGCUGCUGACUCAGAAGCCGGAAGUGCUGUCGCUGGUCGACUUCCGGGACAGCGGCUUCCGGCAGGCACCGCCAAAGUACGUGCGGGCGCUGCUCUACCGAUACAGGUUCACGCAGUGGAGCAAAAGAAACCAAUUCGGUUGGUGGACCCGCGAAAAAACAUCAGAAUACCUGCCGGUCCUCUCCAAGGACUCCUCCUUCCUGAUCGACUAUCUCAGAGCGAGAAACCUGCUGCCCACUCCGCCCAAGGAAAAGGCGAACGCCCUGUGGAAACAAACCCUGGACACCGUCCGAUACGUGGUCAACCAUCUGGAAGCCACUCUGCUGUUCUGGUCGGUUUUGACGGCCGGUUUGGCUGUCAUUUGUACGACUGCUUCCGGUUCCGGAACCAAGGCCAGAAACAAGGCGUAAGGUAUUGGGGAGAAUAGUGAAAGGAUGGGUGGAGCAUUUAUAAAAGUUGGCAUUUAAUUUGAGGCCGGUCAUUUUUUGUCGCUGUUCUUAGUGUGAAGCAUUCAUGGCCAUUUUUCACUAUUCAAAAACAUAUUUGGACACAAAUUUGGAUAUUGAACAUUUUUGAGGUUUUAUCAACAAUCCAAAGGUCCAAUUGAAACAUUUAUGGACACUUGAAAGGUCCACUCGGAACAUUUAUGACCAUAUCUGGAAUUUCAAUAGAUAUAUUUGAAGCAUUAAUAAACAUAUUUUGGAUACUUCAAUCCUUCAUGGACAUUCAUGAGCAAUUUUAGUGAUUUAUGAUCAUUUAUUGACUGUUGAUGAGAGUUUAUGGAAGAAUUUUAGCAUCUGAGGUCCACGUGCAUAUAACGUGAUAUUGAGCAUUUUGGGUAAUUUUUGAGAAUUCAUCUACAAUGAAAAGGUCCGAAGGAAGCAUUUAUAAACAUAUUUGGCCGCCCGAAAUAUUUAUGGCCGAGGUAUAUUUGAAGCAUUCAUUGACAUUUUUGGACUUUAGAAGCGUUCAUUUUUGGUCAUUUGUGAGCAUUUAUCGACUUUUGUGAAGAGUUUAUGGAAGCAUUUUGAUAUUUCAGAGGUUUUAUAUAGCAUUACUUCAAAUUUAGAUAUUGAUUGCAAACUUUGAAGCAUUUUUGGUCAUUUAUGAGCUAUCGUCAACAAUCUUAAGGUCAAAGUAAAGCAUUUAUAAUGAUCAUAUUUAGACACUUAAGAGGUCUACCGAAAACAUUCAUCAACAUUCCUGGGGUAUUAAAAGCGUUCAUAAACAUUCACGAGCAUUUUUGCUAACUUAUAAGAGUUUAUUGACUGUUGAUGAGCGAUUAUGGAAGAAAGAAGAAAUUUGGCAUUCCAGAAGAGCAGGAGCAUAUAAUGUAAGUUCAAAUUUAGAUUUUGAAUUAUAAAACAUUUUCGGUCAUUCAUGAGUUUUUAUCAACAAUCUGAAAGUCUAAGUGAAGCAUUUAUAAUCAUAUUGGAGGUCCUCCCGAAGCAUUUAUCAACAUUUUUCGACCUUAAAAGCGUUUAUUGAAGUUUAUAAAUAUUUGUGAAUGUUCAUGGGUACAUUUGGACCUUUAUAGACAUUUUUGAAAAUGUACAAAUGUGAACAUUAGAAGCAUUUAUAAGAAAUAUUUAUGAUUGUUUAUGGUUAUAUUUGGACAUUGAAGGUAUUGAUGGACUUUCAGAGUUUAUAAACGUAUUUCAAAAAGGUUCUAAGUCCGACCAGACUAACUUUGAGACACCACGUGAUUCAAUGUUUAUGUAUAUUCAAUGCAUACGUGACCGUGUGCUGUCGCAAAGUUAACGUAGUGGGACUCUAGUGGUCUUUUUCAUAUUCUUAUCAAUAAAAAAAUACCGUGAAUGCUCAUUUUCAAAAAAUGACCUGUUCAAAAUUGAUGCUCGGUCAUUUGCCAUUUAUCAAUUAUGGCUACAACCCUAUCAACAACGACAAAAUCUCUAUAAAAUCUAAGAGUAAUUCAACUCAUGGUUAGUUGAAGUUUUUGAAUAAACUGGUGAAAAAUCAAUGGCUUUUAGAAGUCAUUUCAGUACCUAGUUGUUCUUUCACAAUAAAAUGCUGUCCGUUUUUUCGAUUUCCAGGGAUAUCUUUAAUGGAAACAAAACAAGCUAAAUAUUGAGUGACUUGUUGACCAGUUUAUUUUUUUAAUUCAAAAGCGUUUUGGAAAAGCGGGGUAAUUACUGCCAAAACAAAUAUUUCAGAUGUUAUUAUGGAAGUGUGAACAUUUUAAACAUAUUUUAAUCAUUGUUAAUUUUCCAGUCUGUAUUCGGAGAAUGUUAUAAUUUUCUAGUAACAAAAUGGCCAGUCGUGUGACACAAAAUCAUUUCACUUAAUUUGCCAAAAUUAUAGGAUUUUCUUGAGGCACACCAAACUAUUUACUUCAGAAUCUCACUUUGCACUGGAAUAUUAUUUAUUGUUUGGAUCACUUUGACUGAAGGCAUCUUUUAUCACAAAUAAAUUUCUACUAUAGUACUAUAGAUGAGCUUUUUUGUAUUCAUUUUGCAUAUAAAUUUCAUGAAUCAUAUCAGGUUUUUCGUGGUUUAAAGAGAGUUUAAUGACCCUCGUUUGACUUCAGGGUGUUCAACUAGUGGACAAGUUUUUUUUCCAUUACAGGGAAUCAUUUUUUUACCAAAACAAUAGUUAGGCUUUGAAUAGAGUUUAUAGAUUGGUUCGGAAUUUUUCAAAAAACAAUUGGUUGAGUCAUAACAAGCAGAAAAAUAAAAAAAAAUCAGAUCUAAAAGUGGAUGAUUUUAUUGUAUAUCAUUUCUGAAACUACAAAUAAUUUUUCCAGGGAACUGUCAUGCUUUUCAUAUUUUUUCUUAUUGGAAUUGAUUUGAAAUUUUCCAAACGGAGAGACCAAUUCAAAAGUCAAAUCAUUUAUUCCUUGAAACUAAAAUUACCCUGUCAACAGGGAAUUUUUGUGGCAACUAUCAUUUAUCUAAGUAAAAAAUCAAUCAUUUUAUAUUAGCUUGCAUCAACUAUUUUUAAUAUUUUUAUAUUUGUAUCAUUACUAUGGUUCAGUACACAGCGCCAAAUAUAUUUCAACUUCAUCUCUAUUCAUGUUCCUUCAAAUUUUAUAGGAAUAUGGCUUUAGUUUUAUUUAUUCUCUUCUAAAACAUUUUUGAACAUUCUAUAGGUAUUCAUAUGAACUACUAUUUAUUCAUGUUUUUAGUGCUUGUUGUUAUUUUCCAUUCAUUAUUGUAACCUUUGAGAUAUUUUUAUUGUAUUAAUUUUCUACAAUCUAGUACUGAUUUUAUGUUGAUAAUUUAUAUUCUCCAUGCUUUUUGUCCUGUAUGUGAAUUGAAAAACAAUAGAGUAGGUAUAAUGCACAACAAAAAUUAGGAUUCCGGAUAGUUUCAGUGUUAAAUUAUAAAGUGUUUGUGAUUUUUUCUAUUUUUUAUGUUGGAUUAAAAUGAAUUGGGUCUUGCUCUAUUUUUUGAAGUAAUUUGUACAUUUUUGUUUGAAUAAACAUUGGUUGUACGAGUU